AUGUAUCCCCAGACACCUUCCGAGUAUGCUGGCCAGAUGCAGUAUGGGCAGGUCACUCCCGGAGCUGGAGAUGGGAUUGACGAGUACUAUGAGAAUUUGCCUCCCCAGUGGACAGGAGUUGAAACCUCUCCCUACGCAGCUGUCCACAAUCCUUACACCACUACAUCUACCUAUCCGUCCGCUGCCAUUUUAACCCCGAUCAGUCUUCCAGACAGCUCCUUCGUGCAUGCAAGACCCAGUCCAGUUCUCAGCCAUCAUUCUCAAGAUUACCAGUACAACAUAUCCGAGUCUGUUGCGCAGCAUGGACUUGGCAUCACCGCUCCCUUCCCAAACGACUUCCCGCGAACUGUAACCGCUGGAAUUGGACACACCAUAGAUGAUUAUGACUUUGGACAUCCCGAAGCCGGGCUGUCGCCCCAACCGCCAGCAGCGAAAAGAGUCCGCAGAGGCAGUUCAAAACCUGCUGGCCCUGCCCGUGAAACUCCAGUGUCGAUAUUGCCGCACCCAGAAGGACUCCAGCGACUAGAGCAAGAACGACGGCAAGGGUACAUUGAUCCCCAUCCCCAGCAGCGGCCUCGCGCUCCCGGCCGAGGGCGGCGCGACCCACAAGCCGAAGAAGAAGAUGCCUUUGUCAAGGGCCUGCGCGAACAGAACCUAGCAUGGAAAGUCAUCCGAGAGAUGUUCCGCAACAGGUUCAAUAAAGAUGCGUCAGAAGCACGCCUGCAGAUGCGGAUGCUGCGGCGGCGCAAAGAACGUCUAGCGCGGUGGGACGAAAAUGAUAUCCAGCUACUGAUCACGGCUCGAGAACACUGGGAGCGUGAAAAGUAUCGGUUCAUAGCUGAAAAGAUGAAAGAGUUGGGUGCCAAAAGGACCUAUACGGCACAGCAAUGUGAAGCUCAACUACGAGACUUGGAGGCUGAAAAUCGAGAUCGCGUCAGUGCUCCAGUAUCGCGAACACCUGACACCUCCCAUUCUCGAAAACGAUCCUGGCUGGACUUUUCUGGAGGAGGCGGCACGGCGUAG